AUGCGAGCCUUAAUAUUUGCCGUGGAAGAGAUUAAUGCUGAUACCGAGCUCCUUCCCAACGUCACGUUGGGCUUCCAUGUCUUGGACUCGUGCGAUACGUUACGGCGAGCAGCACAAGGGACUCUGUCAAUGUUGUCAGGGGGAAAGGAAGCCAUCCCUAAUUAUCAUUGUCACGGUGGGACACCCUUUGCUGGUCUUGUUGGUGACUCCGGGUCAACACGAUCCACCCUUUUAGCCCAAAUCUUAGGGCUGUACCGAUACCCACAAAUCAGUUAUUUUGCAACCAGCCCUAGUCUCACAAACCGGAACCUGUUCCCUUCCUUUUUUCGUACCAUACCUAGCGAUGAGUUUCAGAUGAAAGGCUUGGCCCAGCUUAUCGACCAUUUUGGUUGGUCUUGGCUGGGCCUCUUGGCCAAUGAUUAUGCUUAUGGUCAGUUUGGACUUCAAACUGUAAGACAAGAGAUAAUCAAUUCUGGAGCUUGUGUGGCCUUUGCUGAGAAUUUAUUGACCAGUCAACCUGAUAGGAAUGCUCCCCAUAUUAUCAAUGUCCUUAAGAAGUCAACUGCAAAGGUGGUGGUUGUGAUGGCAUCUGAUUCAGAAUUUGUGGUUGUGUUGGAAGAGCUGUUAAGACAAAAUGUAAGUGGCCAUAUCUGGGUAGCCAGUGAGGCUUGGGCCACUUCUGAUUUACUCUCAGAGGAAAGGUUCAAAGGGAUUUUGCUGGGCACCAUUGGUUUUGCCAUCUUCCAUGGGAAAAUGCCCAGGUUUGGUAAGUACUUUAACAGCCUGAACCCAUCAAAAGAUGUUUCUGAUCCAUUCAUCACAGAGUUUUGGGAGCAAACGUUUGCUUGUACGUGGCCCAGUGAAAAAAAUCAAGUUAUUGUGAUGGACAAUGCCACCAUAAGUCCAUGUACGGGAAAUGAAAUGCUGUAUGUCCAACCAUCUGAAGAAGACCAGAGAUUAUCUCUCAAUGUCUAUACUGCUGUCUAUGCCAUUGCUUGGGCUCUGCACAAUUUGCUUUACUGUAAGCCGGGAACUGGGCCAUUCUAUCUCGGGGGUUGUGCCAACAUCUCUUCAUUUCAGCCUUGGCAACUUCUUCACUAUAUUAAAAAUGUGAACUUCAAGACCAGAGAUGGACGUCAAAUUUUCUUUGAUUCAGCGGGGAACCCUCCAGCCGUAUAUGAUAUAGUGAACUGGCAAAUUCCAAAUUCUCAGUGCAGCCCAAGUUGCCCUUCAGGAUAUAGGAAAGUGAUUGUUCGCGGAAAACCCCUUUGUUGCUAUGAGUGUGCCCGGUGUCCCCAGGGGCAGAUUUCUAAUCAAACAGAUGCUGCGGAAUGUCAUCCAUGUUCCUGGGACACGUGGCCCAAUCUACAGCAGGACAGAUGCCUACCAAGGCCUACAGAGUUCCUUUCCUAUGGAGAUCCUUUGGGUUACAGCUUAGCAGCCAUUUCCAUCUUUUCCACACUCGCCCCACUUGUCGUUCUCAGAAUUUUUAUUUGUAAUAAUAAAACCCCAAUAGUCCGAGCCAACAACUACUCCCUUAGCUGCCUUCUCCUGCUUUCCCUGUUCCUCUGUUUCCUUUGCUCUUUAGGGUUCAUUGGUUACCCACAACCUGAAAAGUGCCUUCUGCGCCAGGUGGCAUUUGGGAUGGUUUUUGCCCUCUGCAUCUCCUGUGUUCUGGCCAAAACCAUCACUGUUGUCAUUGCCUUUAAUGCAACCCAACCCGGCAGCAGGUUAAUGAAGUGGACAGGGGUGAAGGUCUCCUACUGUGUCAUUGGGUUUUGUAUCUUUGUUCAGUUGUGCGUGUGUGGGAUAUGGCUCAUCUUCUCUCCUCCCUUUUCUGAAUUUGAUACUGAAACCAAACCUGGAAUAAUCAUAGUUAAUUGCAAUGAAGGGUCACCCACAGAUUUCUGGUGCAUGCUGGGAUACCUUGGCCUCUUGGCCACUAUCAGUUUAAUUGUUGCCUUCCUGGCCAGACGCCUCCCUGACAGUUUCAAUGAAGCCAAAUUGAUCACAUUCAGUAUGUUGGCUUUCCUCAGUGUGUGGGUGUCCUUUAUCCCAGCCUAUCUCAGUGCCCGGGGCAUGUAUACUGUGGCAAUGGAGGUCUUUGCCAUCCUGUCUUCCAGUUGGGCUGUGGUGGGCUGUAUCUUUGUGCCAAAAUGCUACAUUGUAUUGUUCAGACCCAACAUGAACUCCAGAGAACAUCUCCUUGGUAAAAGUAGAACCUAA